AUUGCCAAGGACAAUGAACUUGAGUUUGGAGAAGAAGUAGCUAACUUCUUGCGACACAAUUUUUAUGUGGAUGAUGGACUCAAGUCUGUUCCUUCUGUCGAAGAAGCUAUUCGCAUGAUAGAUUCUAGUCAGGCAAUGUGCAAAAGGGGCGGUGUUAGAUUGCACAAAUUCUUAAGCAAUUCUAAGGAAGUUAUAAGUCACGUGUCACCAGAAGACAGGGCUAGUGGACUUGCAGAUUUUGAUAUUCUUACUGAUAGUUUUCAUGUUGAAAGAACAUUGGGCGUUCAAUGGUGUAUCGAGUCUGAUUGCUUUCAGUUCAGAAUAGUCUUGAGUGACAAACCUUUAACCAGAAGAGGAGUUCUGUCCACGGUUAGCUCCGUAUAUGACCCUUUGGGAUUUAUUUCACCAGUUAUCCUUGUAGGCAAGCAGAUACUGCAGCAGCUAUGUGCACAGAAUGCAGACUGGGAUGAUCCAGUUCCUGACAACUUAAAAUCAAAAUGGGAGCAGUGGAGAAAUGAGCUUAACAUUCUUGGGUCACUUAGAAUAAGCAGAUGUUUUAAGCCUAAGGAGUUUGGUGAAGUCAUAUCUGCUGAAAUACAUCACUUUUCAGAUGCAAGCAUGGACGGCUAUGGUCAGUGUUCAUACCUCAGAUUAAUUGAUAACAAGGGCCAGGUCAAUUGUUCUCUUCUUAUGAGUAAGGCUAGAGUUGCACCACUCAAGCCUAUCACUAUUCCUCGUCUUGAGCUGGCUGCAGCUGUUGUCUCAGUAAAAAUUAGCGUCUUAUUACGACAAGAGUUACAAUUUCCAGAUGCACUUGAGUAUUUUUGGACUGAUAGUAAGGUAGUUAUUGGUUAUGUUGGGAACGAUUCACGGAGAUUUCAUGUGUAUGUAGCUAAUCGUGUCCAACAGAUUAGAAGUCACAGUGAUCCAUCCCAGUGGAGGUAUGUUGAGUCAGAACUCAGUCCUGCGGAUAUUGCAUCAAGGGGUUCAUCGGCUUAUGCCCUUGUACACAAGUCCAAUUGGUUUAAAGGCCCAGAUUUCUUGUGGAAUAUUCAACUUCCACCUAUCGAAAAUGUAAUCCCGCCUUUGUCAGAUGAUGAUAAGGAGCUAAAAAAGGCUCAUACAUUCAGAACCUUCGGUGCUUCUACCAAUCUAGGGGAAAUCUGUUCGCGUUUCGAGUAUUUCUCUAGCUGGAGACGAUUGAAACUUCAGUUGCUCUAUGUCUUAAGCACAUUGUCUGUCUUAACAAACGUGUUAGGUCGUCCAAAGCUGAACAGCCGAUUGCUCAGACUGAGGGAGAGGCGAGUUGUCAGUCUGCCGUAUCAGUGGACGAUUUGUUAG